AUGAAGGCUCUGCUGCUAGCUUUUAUAAUCGGUGUGGUCUGUGCUGACAAUGAACCUCUAACUGCGGUCAUAUCCUCACAGGUCUUAGAGCAAUGGAACUCUAUUGUCAUAGCAUCUGAUAAUGAAGAGAAGAUAAGUGAAGGUGGACCCCUGAGGAUCUAUAUACGUCAUUUUGAAUGUAUUGACAAUUGUGAAGAGAUCACCUUCACAUUUUACGUGAAGUCGAAUGGAGAGUGCCAAAAGCACAUCGUUGCGGGAAAAAGAAAUGAAAGUGGUAUUCACAUAGCAGAGUAUGCAGGUAAAAACUCUAUUGAAAUUCUACAGUGCUCAAAGGACUUAGUAACAGUUUAUAAUGUCAAUGUGGAUGAAGAGGGAAAGACCACGCAUCAGAUUUUUAUUGCUGGAAAAGGACACACUCUGAGUAAAGAACAAGAAAAGGAGCUUGAGAAGGUGAUUGAGGAAAAGCACAUUCGAAAAGAGAGUGUGCAAUAUCUCCAUGAAUCAGAAUCAAGUACAACCAUUAUGCACAAAGGGGAGUAUACUACCCCGUCUGUGCAGAGAAUCAGCAAGAGCUUCUAG